ACAUUCGCGUCUUCAUCUCGAUCCCUUCGCUCCUUGCCUUAUACUCUCUCACACGAUGGCGUCCCGGACAGAACUCUUGCAAUGGCUCAACGACCUCCUCGCCCUCAACUACACAAAGGUCGAGCAGUGUGGCUCCGGCGCCGCCUACUGCCAGAUUAUUGACUCAAUUUACGGCGACUUGCCAAUGGCGCGCGUCAAGAUGAACGCGAAGCACGAGUACGAGUUUAUAGCCAACUUCAAGGUCCUGCAGAAUGCCUUCAAAGCCAAGAAGAUCGACAAGCCGAUACCCGUGGAGAAGCUCGUGAAGUGCAAGAUGCAGGACAACCUCGAGUUCUUGCAGUGGAUCAAGCGCUUCUGGGAAUCCAACUAUGGCGGCCACCCGUACGAUCCCGUCGCAAGGCGGAAGGGCGUCGUCGCCGAGCCGCCUGCAACACUCGCCCCCCUCGCCACCGCACGCAGUGCGGGUGCCGUGAACAGCCGAGCGGGCGGGCGUACGCCUGUCGGCGGACAUAGAGCCGGGUCCGCCAUGUCCAACGAGGCCGUGCACCACAUGCAGGAGCAGCUGAAGGAGAUGUCAUCACAUCUUGACGGCUUAGAGAAGGAGCGUGACUUCUACUUUGCAAAGCUCCGGGAUAUCGAGAUCCUGGUUCAGCAGCAAACGGAGGAGCUCGAAAAGGUCGGCAAGGAGGACGAAACCUUGAAAGAGAUCCAAAAGAUCCUGUACUCAACGGAGGUCAGCCCCACGCCAUAAGCACAAAUAUCACCCUGACUCACCCCGACAACAGGACGGCUUCGAGGUACCCGAGGAGGGCGUCCCAGUCGACGAAGAGGAAACUUUCUAGCGA